UGUGGCGCCAUCUCAACUGUUGCGCUCCUGAAUAAUUGUUAUAAUUAGUGAAAACAAGUGCAAAAAACUACUAAACAAUCAAUUCUUAGUCGAUUUAAAAUGCAGUAAAUCACAAUGAAAUCAUGAAAGAACGCAUGGCGCCGUCUUUUUUAAUCAACUAAACAAGACACGUAACCCAGAUAAUAAACAAAUUCUGAAACAUCUGUUGCUAAAGUUGGCGUAAACAAAUUGACUGUUUCUCUAGUUUUGUCACAACACGUUUGUACUGUAUGCGUAACCGGCCUUAAGAGUCGUGGCUUACUGAGAUUAUUAACUUCCGUCGCAAAAACUUAAUAGGAUAAGUAAACCAAAAUGAGUGGCUCUGGCUAUCCAUACCCCCAGGGUUCGAAUUAUUCACCAUACCCCUCAAAUUCAGCACCUCCAUACCCCCCAAAUCCUCCUUACCCCACGCAAGGAGGAGUUUUUGCUCCCAGUCUGGGCUUCAAUGUUGGGUCACCCAUGUAUAUGCCACAACCCUACGCCGGUGUUGGCUACCCUUCGUCAGCAAGUGGAACGUCUUAUGCUUCAAGUGCGCCCCCUUACCCAAAUCCCACCCCCACACCAAACACGUACCCCCAGUCAAACCCAUAUCCAAGUCACAAACCAUCACCCUACUCGAAUCCAAGCACGUAUCCCAAUCCCCAGUCAAAUCCAUAUCCAAGUCCCAAACCAUCACCCUACUCGAAUCCAAGCACGUAUCCCAGUCCCCAGUCAAAUCCAUAUCAAAGUCCCAAACCAUCACCCUACUCGAAUCCAACCCCAAAUUCAAAUCUAUAUCCUAGUAUCAAACCAUCAAACCCAUAUGGACACCAAGCAACCCAUUCGAAUUCCUAUCAAUCGCCAAAACUGAAGAGGUCUCCGACUGUGGUCCCCGCCAACCCUUUUGACCCCACAAAAGAUGCGGAAAUUCUACGUAAGGCCAUGAAAGGCAUUGGAACGGACGAAAAAGCCAUUAUUAACGUUCUAACAAAACGUUCAAACGCCCAACGAUUGGAAAUCGCAGUCCAGUUUAAAAUCCUCUACGGAAAAGACCUAAUCAAAGAAUUAAAAAGCGAACUGAGUGGGAAUUUCGAGAAAACAAUCAUCGCUUUAAUGACUCCACUUCCCCAAUUUUACGCGAAAGAAUUGCACGAUGCAAUUUACGGGCUUGGAACCGAUGAAACGGUCCUCAUUGAAGUCAUGUGCACCUUAACUAAUGCAGAAAUAAGGACAAUCAGAGAAGCGUAUCAUAAAACCUAUAACAAAAACCUCGAAAGUGACUUAAAAGGUGACACCAGUGGUCAUUUUCGACGCCUCAUGGUCUCACUCUGCAGUGCUGGACGUGACGAAAGCAUGGUCGUAGACCACGCAGCUGCCAUUUCCGAAGCUCAGGCACUUUACGAAGCCGGGGAAAAACGCUGGGGCACUGAUGAAUCCAUGUUUAAUAUGAUUUUAUGCCAACGAAAUCACGAACAUUUGAAAAUGGUAUUUCAAGAGUAUCACAGGAUUUCAGGACACGAUAUUGAAAAGGCCAUCAAAAAGGAAUUUUCGGGUGAUAUUGAAGAUGGGCUUUUGGCUGUUGUGAGGUCGAUUAAGAACCAACCAGCUUUCUUUGCCAAAUGUUUGCACAAAAGUAUGAAAGGUUUGGGGACGAAUGACCGGGAUUUGAUUAGAUUGGUGAUCACUCGCUGUGAAAUCGAUAUGGGGGACAUUAAAAGAGAAUAUAUUAAAAAUCAUGGAGAAUCUUUGGCUGCUGCUAUCAAAGGAGAUACUUCAGGAGACUACAGAAGGUGUCUUUUGGCCUUAAUUGGAGAAGCUUAAUUUAUAACCCAACAUUUUUAUAUUUUAUCAAUACUUACAAAUAAAUGUUGACUCACA